AUGAGAAAGAAUCAGUAUUUACAAGCGAAUGCGUCAUCGAACAAUCAACGAAUCCCCAGGAGGAGGACAGCCGAAGAAGAAGAAGAAGAAGAGAUGAUGAGGAGAAUCUUCGAUCUCGUCCCCAGGAGGAUAAGGUCCAUUCAAAAAAGAAGCAAAGAGGAGCCUCCUCCUGAUUUCUCAAAAGUCACCAGAAGAAAAAGAAGUGUUUACACAUACACGAUCAGGCCCAAGUGGAUUCUCCGGUUGAAGAUUGGGAUGAAGCUAGACGAGAAACCGGUGCUACUCAUAGAGAAGACUCUGGACGAGAACGAUGUCGAUCCAAGCCAAAACCGUCUCUUAAUCCCUUUCAAGAUCCUAAAACGACACGAUUUCUUGACGGCUGACGAGUUCAAAAUCCUUGGAGACGAUAACAUCUACAACGAAGGGAGGAUGGGUGUGGCUGCGAUUCUCGUGGAUCAACGGACAAAACAGUGGCGUGUGGUUUUGAAGAAAUGUGUUCUCAAGACUGUAACAGGGAGACGCCGCAGGUGUUUACUGUUGAGUGGUGAAUGGAGCAAUGUCGUUGAGGCUAACAGUUUGAGAGACGACGACAACAUCAGUCUCUGGUCUUUUAGCCGCGAUGGAAUCCUCUUCUUUGCCCUUGAUUUUGCAGGUGAUGCCGUAGAUUUCUCAGACUGA